GAUAGACGAAAUUUCUUAAACAAGACAUGAAAUGUUUUUUUUUUUUUAUGGAAAUAAUAAAAAAAGAGUAAUAAAAAAUUUCAUGAUAAUACAAUAAAAAAUACAUGAUACAUAAAAAAGACACGACUACGUGGAGGUUAUUUUCAACUAUCCAAUAUCUAAUUGUUUUAAUUUAUAUUAAUUAAUUAUUAACAACUAGAAAAAUCCAAACAACAAGACAAAUUAAUUUUCUAUUUUAUAAUUUGUCAGUUAAAAAAAAAUAGCAACACACAUUGAGUGUGUAUUUAAAAAAUAAUUAAACAGCAAGUAUAUUUUAUAAACAACAUAAAUAGACCAAAAUUAUUGCUACGUGGCUCAAUUAGUUUAAUUAUAAAUUAAUUUAUUUCAACGUCAUUACAUGUGUUCAAUAGUGAUGUUCAUUAUGUGAGCAAUUUCAUCUGACAACACCAACAACAACAACAACAACAACAACAACAACAAUUUAAUAAUAAACAAAUAAAAAUAUGUUAUAACAAACAAUUGAUGCCUGCUAAAUGUACAAUUAAAUUAUAGCAAGGCAUGGCAAUUUGGAAUGGUCGGCCCAGUUGGUUGGGCAAAUUAGGAAUAAUAUUAUUAUCAGCAUGGUUAAUUGUAUUGAUAUAUUCUGUAUCACAAAUGUUGCGAAGUUCACCAUCAUUAUCAUCAUCAUUAACAGCUGAAAGAUAUCAAUCACAAGAAAAUGAAUAUACUAAAAAAUUAACAGAAAUAACAAAAGAUUUUAAUAAAUUAAAAAAACAAAAUCAAGCAUUAACAAAUAUAUUAUUAGCUGCUAAUAAUAAUAAUAAUGAUAAUAAUGAACUUAAAGAUAAAGUUGAUAUUGAGUUGUUAGCAAAUAAUCGUCAAAGUGGACCAACAAUUGAAUAUGAAGAAUUAAGAAGAAAAUUACGUAAUGAUAUACAAGAAACUUGGUAUUAUAUUAAUGCUGAAUUAAUGAAAAUUAAAAAACGUAAUAAUGAUAAUUUUGUAAUUGAUGAUGAUCAUAAAAAUGAUAUUGACAAUGUUAUUUAUAAUAUAUUUGAUCAUAAAAAAGAACUUAUGAUGGAUAUGAAUAAACUGGAAAAAUUUGAUGGACACAUGGAUUGGAGAGAACAAGAAGCUCAUGAUUUAUCUGAUUUAGUUCAAAGAAGAUUUUAUUAUUUACAAAAUCCAAGUAAUUGUGAUAAAGCUAAAAAAUUAGUAUGCAGUUUAAAUAAGGGUUGUGGUUUUGGUUGUCAGAUACAUCAUAUAACUUAUUGUUUUUUGGUGGCAUAUGGAACAGAAAGAACAUUAAUAUUACGUUCACAAGGUUGGCGUUAUCAAAAAAAUGGCUGGGAAUCUGUAUUUAAGCCAUUAAGUGAUAAUUGUCUUAUUGCAAAUGGUGAAAGUCAUAGUAAUUGGCCAGGUGAUAAUACAAAACAAGUUGUUAUAUUGCCAAUUGUUGAUAAUGUUUAUCCAAAACCAAAAUAUCAACCACCAAGUGUACCAUUAGAUCUUGUACCAAGAAUUAAAAAACUUCAUGGUCAUCCAUUAGUAUGGUGGGUUGGACAAGUAUUAAAAUACUUGAUGCGUUUACAGGAUAAUAAUAUUAAAAAAUUAAAUGAAUCAAAAGAAAAACUUGGCUUUAAAAAACCCAUUGUUGGUAUACAUGUUAGAAGAACAGAUAAAGUUGGUACUGAAGCUGCAUAUCAUGAUAUUGAUGAAUACAUGGCUAAAGUUGAACAAUGGUAUAAUCAAAAUUUUGAUAAUAAUGAAUCAAUUAUUAGACGUGUAUUUAUUGCAAGUGAUGAUCCAAAAGUAAUUAUAAAUGCUAGAAAUAAAUAUAAAAAUUAUGAAAUAAUUGGUGAUCCAGCAAUUGCUGAAACAGCAUCAGUAUCAAAUAGAUAUUCAGAUGCAUCAUUACAAGGUAUUAUUAAUGAUAUACAUUUAUUAUCAUUAUGUGAUCAUAUUGUUUGUACAUUUAGUUCACAAGUAUGUCGUGUUGCAUAUGAAUUAAUGCAAACAUAUCAUAUUGAUGCACAUGAUAAAUUUACAUCAUUAGAUGAUAUUUAUUAUUAUGGUGGACAAAAUCCAAAUCCACAUGUUGCUAUUAUUGAACAUAUACCUAAAAAUUUGGCUGAAAUUGAGCUUAAAAUUGGUGAUAAAAUUGAUGUUUAUGGUAAUCAUUGGGAUGGUUAUUCAAAAGGACGUAAUGCUAGAACAAGUAUCACUGGUUUAUUUCCAAGUUUUAAAGUUCAAAAUCCAAUUGCUGCUGUUGAAUUUCCAAAAUAUCAACAAGUACCAAUUUAUACCAAUUAAUAUUUUCAUAAAUUAUUGCCAAUUAUUUAAUUUAUCUUUUUUUUAAAAAAAAUAAAGCAACAAUGAUGAUAAUAAUAAUAGUAAAAAAUACACACUAUAUUAUUGUAAUAUAUUUUAUACAACGAAUAAAAAUAAUAAUAUAUUUAUCAAGUGUAAAAUUAGAAAACAAAAUUAUCCUUUUUUUUUAAAUUUAAAUUAUUAUUAUUAUUAUCAUUGUUAAUAAUUGAUCUUGAUAGUACAUUUUACUAUGUGUACAUGAUGAUGAUGUUACCAACUGUUUACGUAAAUAUAAAAUGGCUACAAUCAGCUGUCAUGUUUUGUCAACUUUUUAAUUUUAAUAUAUUAAAUAAAUACUUUUAAAAAUGUUGAAAAUUAAUAAAAUUUGAUUAUAAUUUUUUUACAAGAUAAUUAUGCUUAAAAAUAUGUUUGAUAAAUUAAUAAUUUUUAGGAUAUUUAAAACACAAAAAUGUAAUUAUUAUUCAACAAAAAGUUACUACGAUGUUCUUGGUAUCAAAGAAGAUGCCUCAAAGAAAGACAUACGAUUGGCAUUUUUAAAGCUGUCUAAACAAAUGCAUCCAGACACAAGUAACAAAAAGGAUCAUGAUGAAUUUGUUAAAAUAACUCAGGCAUACAAUAUUUUAAGUAAAGAAGAAAGUAAAAAAAAUUAUGAUUUAAAUUUACAACAGCAAGAUAGUAAUCCUUAUUAUACAACAUUUCGUCAACCACAUCAACAGCAACAGCAGCAACAACAACAAUAUACGAUUUAUUAUAAACGUUCAAAUUGGAAUAAAUGGAAAAAAAUACAAGAAAAAAAUGAAAAUAUCAAUUUUUACAAUACAAAAGGUAGUAAAAAAAUUAAAAAUGCAAAAAUUAUAUUAUUUUGUAUUUUUGCAAGUGCAUUAUCAUUUGGUCUACAUAUAUUUUCAAUGAUAUCAUCAUCAUCAUCAAAAUUUGAUAAUGUCAAAGAAAUCAACAAAGAAAAGUCAAAAUAAAAUAUAAAGAAGAAAAAAAACACAGACAUUUAUUUAAUUUAAAAUAAUAAUUAAUUUUUAUUUAAAUAUUAUUGACUUUAUUAUUAAUAUUACAAUGUUUAUUUGUUUUUUGAUAUAAGUGACAAUGGAAUUGUGUGGUGGUGCUGGUGUAAAUACUGGUUGUUCAUUGUCAUCAAGAUAUUCAGAAUAUUUUAAUUCAUAAAUUGGAUGAAAACCAAUACGUUGACAGAGUCGAGCAGUAAAAUGAGAACUACAAUCAGUGCGUAUCAAAUUGAAACCCAAUUCUUUACCAAUUUCACUGUAAUUUAAAUCAAAUAUUUUAUUUAUUUAUGUUAUUUAUUUAUUUAUUUAUUUAAAUAUCAACUUACAUUGUUUUUUUAAAAAGUGCAGAUGCAAUUCCUUUUCCUCGCCAAUUAUUAUCAACUGAUACAAUUUUAAUAUCAAGACAAUUACUAUCUGGAUAUUUUUCUGGUAUAUUAAUUUCUUGAUCAACGUAAUGUAAUAAUUUCAUGAUUUUUUUAAAUUUUUUAUUUUCACAAUUUUUUAUAUAAUCUGGCUCUUCAUUGAUAUCUGGUAUUUCUGUUUUUCCUGUAAUUUUAAAAAAAUAAUUAUUAAUAAUAAAAAAAUAAUUUUUCAUUCAAUGAAAUAAUAAAUUAUCUAAUUUCAAGAUGAUUUAUUUUCAUUGUAAUAUAUUUUUUUUUUUUUUCAACGACUGAUUUAAUAAUUUAAAAUACAUUAAUUUAAAUAAUUUAAUACACAUCAUAUUAAACAGGUGUAUAAAUAUUUAAAAUUAAUAAAUUACAAAAAUAUAUAGACGAAAGAAAAUAAAAUAAAAUAAAACACAAAAAUUAAAUUAAAUUACAUGAUGAAUAAAUAUGUCAGGCUAUUAAACUGAAUUGCAUUAAUAAUUAUUAUAUUAAUGCAUCAACAAAUACACAGACACACAUGUGAAUUGUUGAAGGAGUAACGUCCGCGAUUAAUAAAAUUUCAACGAAUGACAAUUGCAGACAACUUGAUAAAUCAUCAAUGAAAUUCAAUUGUCAAAUAAAAUUCUUACUACCAGCCGGAAGUCUCAAGAUAAAAAAAAUAAAAUUAUGAUAAUUAAUAUGUUUUUUUUUUUUUUUAUUGUCUUACCAUUGAUGAUAACUCCAACAAUUAUUCCACUUGAUGAUACAGCCAUUAAACUUAAAUUUUCAUCGAGUGAUGACAUUGAAUAUUCUUCCAAUUCAAUACAAGUUGUAUCUUUACCAUCAAUUAAAUUAACUGAAUUAUUUAGUGGUUCAUCUUUGAAGAAAUUUUUUUUCAUAAAACCAAGUACUUUUAAUUUUGCGUCAGCUGUUAUUGGUUUUAUUGAAAAAUCCAUUGACAAUUUUGGCUCAUUUAUUUUAUCACCAAGCUAAACAGAACAAAAUUAAAUAUAUUAAAAUAUUAUUCAUGUGUAUUUUUAUAAUGUAAAGUGUAUAUAUACACAUAAAGUUUGCAAUGAAUACAUGUGACAAAUAUAUUUUUAGAUACAUUAUAAUGUAUACGUGCCAAUUAGCGCAUCAUAUUAUUCAACAUUAUUUUGUUAUGCUAUACAUAUUAAUUUAGCCUUAUAUUUUUUUAUUUAAAAAAAAAAAAUUCAGGGCUCUCAUUAAAUGCAAUGAUAAUAUUUUAAUAUAUAUAUAUUUAGUGUUAUGAAAAUUUUCAUGAGUACUUGAUGAUCCUUUCCGUUAAUUUAUAAUCCCCCUGUUGAUUUCAAUGAAUAAAAAUAUGCAACCGUUAUAACGACAAUUUCCGUUUUGUAAAAAUAAAAAAAAACUGUUAUUGAAAAUUUACAUUGAUAUUAUAUUUAUUUUUAUUUAUUUUUUGUUUACCGAAUAACGUGUCAUCCUGGUCUUGUCCUCGGGAAAACAAACAUCAGAAAUACGCAUCUUGUCCAAUU